AUGUUUCAACGCACAUUGGCAGUAUUGCGGGUGAGUCCCUUCUCCGUCUUCUUAAAGGAUUUGGGAAAGAAGAAUCAUCUGGCUGGUCUGCAUGCAAAGGAUGGCAUUAAGGUCGCCUCCCGCAUGUAUAAAUCCCUCACACCGGUGCAAAUGAAAGCACUCAAGGCGCGUGCGGCUAAAAUCAGGUAUCCCGCACUUGAUGCGUUCAAUCGCUUUCAGCGGCAGCACGCAUACCGCUUUACACAUCUCAGCAACUUGCAGCGCCAACGCGUUAUUGGAAAGAUGUGGCGGGAACUGAGAGCGAAGCAGGGAAAGCCAUCAAAGGGAAAAGGACGAAAAACAGUGAAACCAAAGAAGGUGAAGAAGAGCUCCGCAAAGGCAGCUAAGAAGACGGCAGCAAAGCGAAAGCUGAAAGCGAAGGUGAAGGGACCAGCAGCAAGAAAGAUGAAGGUGGCAAGCCUAAAGUUCAGGGCAUCUACACCAAAGUUUAAGUUGGCACCAAAGCUGAAGAAAUCAAAGAAGUCUCAGCGCAAGGUUCUCGCCUGA